AUGGUGAUCGACCUUCAGAUUGGCUUGCACGUUGGAAUAUGGUUGCCCUUCCGCGUCUUCUUGGGGGUGUUGGGGUUACCAACCUUAGUCCGGCUUAAGCGGCUCUUCCCACGGCUAACCAUUGACUCUAUUUAUUAUUAUGGUAAAUCAGUGUAUCAAGAUGUCAAUCUGUGAUCUUAUUUCGGUUCGAUACGUCCACCUACGAGACUCAACUUUGGCUUUCGUCUCGGUAGGUGUAUUAUUCUACAUUUUCCCAAAAGGACAUUCAUUCAUUUCUUUCUUCCCCGUCGACCACGACGACUGAAACGACGCGACAAAUCUAGACACAGAAAGGAUUUUGGCCGGUGGUGGGCUUUUGGGAAAGUCGGGCCGAUCGGGUGUCUUCAUUCAAGCGACGGUACGGAGGAAGAACGAAAGGAAGUGAGAGGGGGGGCAGGGAAAACUUUAGAGUUGAGCAGGCUUGACGACCGGGAGAAGCAAAACGAAAGAAGGAUUUGGCCAAAAAGGAGGCAACGCUAUGGAUACCAUGACCGAUCACCAUCGAGACAGAAGAAUCUUUCUAAAUCACUUCAGAUCAGCGGGGCCUUCAAGCAUCCGAAAGACGCCGGGGUUGUCAAUGACAUAGCAUUCCUAGAAAAUGACGACUCCUUCAGAAAAACGAAGUUCUUCAAGUUCUUUUUCCCGAAGAAGUCCCGCUCCGAUGGCUCGACGAGUAAUCUACUUAUAAGGACCCUCCCUGCUGUGCGCCCUUCCUUGAAUUAUUUUGUCAUGCAAUACUUUUUGAAGAAAAAGAACAAAAUGCAUUUUGACCCCGUCGUAGUUCUCAAUCAUUUCGUGGCACCGGGCGUGGCUGAACCAUCUACGAUGGGGGCAUCAACGAGCAAAGCGCUCGCCGCGAAGCGAGUGCUUGAGGUCAAAAGACAAACUUCCGUCUGUGGCCCUGGCGAUUUUAGCUUGAAGGUGCCGUAG